AUGGUCGGCCCCGUCGAUCCUGAGACUGACUCCGCCAAACUCGACCGCAUCCUCGCCCAACUCACCACCAUCAACAAGCGCCUCGACUCCCACGACCGGCGCAUCGCCCGUACAGAGAAGUUCCAGGCGGGCGACGACGGCGACGAUGAUGCCGAAGCCGACGCCUCGGAGAAGGAAGACGCGUCCAAGGAACGCCGCAACCCUGGUGGUGGCGGCGGCGGCGGCGGCGGCGGCGGAGGUAGCGGCCGUGGUCCUUACCGCUGUCGUGGCAACCAGCAUGCCGACGGCGAUUGGCGCCGCCCGCGGGAGCCGAAGCUGUCGCUCCCCAAGUAUGACGGCGAAACCGAUCCGCUGCCAUGGUUGAACCAGUGCGACAUGUUCUUCCGAGGCUGCCGCACGCUCGAGGAGGACAAGGUGUGGCUCGUGUCGCUCAAUCUUGAGGGCACGGCAAAUCAAUGGUACUAUCAGAUGGAGCGUGACUUCGGGAUCGUGUCAUGGACGCGUUUCGUCGAAUUCGUCAACAUGCGCUUCGGCCCCCCGAUCUGCUCCAAUGCGCUGGGCGAGCUCAAGGAGCUCCGUCGCACCGGCUCGGUGGAGGAGUAUCAGCGCCAGUUCCUAGCGCUCCUCUGCCGCUGUGAGGACUUGACCGUCCAGCACCAUAUGGAUUUGUUCACGGCGGGCCUGGGACAGCCCUUGGCAUCAGAUGUCGAGAUGCAAAGGCCGGCCAAUCUCCAGACGGCCAUGAGCCUGGCGCGGGCAUAUGAGCGUCGUUCCGCGGAGGCCACGCGCGCUAUCACGUCGACGCCAUCCCGUGCGCCGCCGCGGUCUCGUCAACCGGCACUUCCAGGCCCGUCCUCGACGUCUCGUGCAGCGCCCCUAUAG